UCCUACUACACUUUAGAAUCAGAACUCGUUCUCUACCUUCCUUCUCGGUCGGAUUCGGAUACUACCGGACCCGUUCAAUUUCGCACAUUCCCGCGUCAAAUUGAUCUUACCAACCUCCCACCUCCACACACCUAAUACCUACAUAACUACCACAAUGCGUGUCACCUCUAUCCUCAGCGGCACUGCCCGUACUCCUCUCAUUCGCUUCGUUGGCAAGCGCACCGUCCCUCAGUCCAUUGACCACUCUCCUCGCGUUCACCCCGCCUCUCCCACCGGCUCUCUCCCCGACUCCUUCGCUACCUACCGUGCUAAGGCUCAGCAGCACGGCCCCCUCGGUCGCUCCUCCUUCAACGGCACCAUUGGCGGCAACUCGGGUGCCUCCCUGGGCCCCAUCAAGCCCCAGGCCGGCGAGUUCUUCGAUCGCGCCGAGCUCCCCUCGCGCUUCGGCCGUCUUCCCUGGACUCAGGCUGAGAUUGAUGCCAUUGAGACCGGCGGCGCGAGCAUGUUCGCAUAA